GAGCCGCGGGUCCGCGGGCUCGCCGGGUGGGCUCAGCACCGCGCACGCAGGAGCGGGGCGCAGGGGGGCGGGGAAGGGACCCGCCACAGCCGCCGCCCGCCAGCCGCUCCCGGGGCUCUCGCUGUCCCUCCCCAACCGCCCGCCCGCCCGCUCGCUCCAUGUCGCCCGGUUGCGGAAGUGUCGCCGGGAGAAGUGGCGGCGGCGGCGUCAGGGAGCACGGGAGGCCGGGGCUCGGCCCCCUGCAGCACUGAGCUCCCGGAGCCGCGCGUCCCAGCGUCCCCACCGCCACCCGUGCGCUCCGCGCCCGCCGCAGCCUGCAUGCCCCGCGCUGCGCCUCGGCCGGCCGCCGCCUCCUGCUCGCUCAGCGGCUGCCCGGCGCCGGAGUAAUAUGCUCACUCGGGUGAAAUCUGCCGUGGCCAAUUUCAUGGGCGGCAUCAUGGCUGGCAGCUCCGGCUCCGAGCACGGCGGCAGCGGCUGCGGAGGCUCGGACCUGCCCCUGCGCUUCCCGUACGGGCGGCCAGAGUUCCUCGGGCUGUCUCAGGAUGAGGUGGAAUGCAGCGCAGACCACAUCGCCCGCCCCAUCCUCAUCCUCAAGGAGACCCGGAGGCUGCCCUGGGCCACCGGCUACGCAGAGGUUAUUAAUGCUGGGAAGAGCACACACAAUGAGGACCAAGCCAGCUGCGAGGUACUCACAGUGAAGAAGAAAGCCGGGACCAUUACUUCCACCCCGAACAGAAACUCCAAGAGAAGGUCAUCCCUUCCCAACGGGGAAGGCCUGCAGUUAAAGGAAAACUCUGAGUCGGAGGGCAUCUCCUGCCACUACUGGUCCCUGUUUGACGGCCACGCAGGCUCAGGGGCUGCUGUGGUGGCAUCGCGCCUGCUGCAGCAUCACGUCACACAGCAACUUCAGGACAUUGUGGAGAUCCUGAAGAACUCUGCCAUCCUUCCCCCGACCUGCCUGGGAGAGGAACCGGAGAGUACGCCGGCCCAUGGCAGGACCCUAACCCGCGCAGCAUCACUGCGUGGAGGUGUGGGUGCCCCCGGCUCCCCCAGCACACCACCCACGCGCUUCUUCACUGAGAAAAAGAUUCCCCAUGAGUGUUUGGUCAUCGGGGCCCUGGAGAGCGCCUUCAAGGAAAUGGACCUUCAAAUUGAACGAGAGCGGAGUGCGUAUAACAUAUCCGGCGGCUGCACGGCCCUCAUCGUGGUUUGCCUUCUGGGGAAGCUCUACGUGGCCAAUGCUGGCGACAGCAGGGCCAUAAUCAUCAGGAAUGGAGAAAUCAUCCCCAUGUCUUCCGAAUUCACCCCUGAGACUGAGCGCCAGAGACUUCAAUACCUGGCGUUCAUGCAGCCUCACUUGCUGGGAAAUGAAUUCACACAUCUGGAGUUUCCAAGGAGAGUACAGAGGAAAGAACUCGGGAAGAAGAUGCUGUACCGGGACUUUAAUAUGACAGGCUGGGCAUACAAAACCAUCGAAGAUGAUGACUUGAAGUUUCCCCUUAUAUAUGGAGAAGGCAAGAAGGCCCGGGUAAUGGCAACUAUUGGAGUGACGAGGGGACUUGGGGACCAUGACCUGAAGGUUCAUGACUCCAACAUCUACAUAAAACCAUUCCUGUCUUCAGCUCCUGAGGUAAGAGUCUACGAUCUCUCCAGAUAUGAACAUGGAGCAGAUGACGUGCUGAUCCUGGCUACUGAUGGACUCUGGGAUGUCUUAUCAAAUGAAGAAGUAGCAGAAGCAAUCACUCAAUUCCUUCCUAACUGUGAUCCAGACGACCCUCACAGGUACACACUGGCAGCUCAGGACCUGGUGAUGCGUGCCCGAGGCGUCCUGAAGGACAGAGGAUGGCGGAUAUCGAAUGACCGACUGGGCUCAGGAGAUGACAUUUCUGUAUACGUCAUUCCUUUAAUACACGGAAACAAACUGUCAUGAAAGUGACCCAGGGGACUAGGAAGACAGAAGGGAAGAAAACUGGGGUGCCUCCAAGCAGGGCGGGACUGGGGAGUGCCUGGGCUGGAUUCCAGGUGAUGGAGAUUUUUCCCAGCCCAGAUGGGGAGUUUGCUGCCAAAAGGCCUCUGGCUUUGCUUCAAGGCAACCCUGAGGUUUCCAUUUCUUCUUUGGUAACAGGUCUGGACACUGAAUAAGAGCAAAACACAAGGCCUGCUACUGAGUGUUCUAUUUCUCUUGGUUUCUAUUGUAGGGCUCCUAGGCAGUCUGGGGCAUAUCUGGGGCGCAGGCAUACAUUUAUUUAUUUUAUCUAGAAUAGCAGGGACAGCCAUUUCAGGUGUAAGAGGUAAAAGACUCCUCGGCCUGUCAAGCUGCCGGCGUCUCUCCAGGAGAGCCACACUGAAAAGUUGAGGACCAUGCCUCAGAAUGUCUGAGCAGUCAUCUUAUUGUGCGUUCCAGUUAUUUCAGGGAUCCUGCCUGUCCUGUCUUAUUCCCUCCACUUUCCUGCCCUCCUCCAUUUCUCUAUAUUCUUUUGUGGUAAUGGUGGAAUGAGGCAGAGACUUUGUGGUUUUGUUUUUUUUUUGUUUGGUUGGUUUUUUUUUGUUUGUUUUGUUUUUUUGUUUUUUUUUGACACUCCUCUUAUGCUUCCCAUUUCUCUCCACCGGGAUUUUCCAAAUUGUCGCUGGCCAGAUUCCAGAUCACAGACUAGUCCAAUCUGGCUAAUCCCAUAUUCUGUGCCCCAUAGGCGCAUAUAGUUUUGUCCAGAGCAAUGUCCCAGGUGACAGUUUGUCUUUGUUGUGUAAUGUUUAACCACACCCCCUCCCCAGGUGUGUUUUCUCCCCAAAUAGAUGUUUCAUUGGACCAACA